GUACGCCGUGUAGUAUCGUACGCGGUAAAUACUAGUAGCAUGUAACGUGCUAUUAUAUUAUUUGCAGUUAUAGAAUCGUUUACUUGAUAGCUUCAAUUUAAAAAAAUAAAAAAAAGAAUUAAUUCUUUUUGAAAGAACAUACGAUGGAUUAUAAAGAGGAACAACGAAAUGAAAUCGAGGCUUUGGAAUCGAUUUAUUGCGGAGAAUUGGAAAUAUUAAGUACAGAACCAUUCUAUUCGUUUGCUAUACCAAUCAAGACAGAGGAAUAUGAAGCUGAAACAGAUAAUGGACUGAGUUGUAGAUUAGAAUUUACUUAUACGUCAAAAUAUCCAGACGAACCACUUGUUGUUUCUAUUCAAGAUCCAGAAAAUUUUGAGAACGGUAGCGGGGAGAAAUUGAAGGAACAUUUGGUCGAACAAAUGAAUGAAAAUUUAGGUAUGGUAAUGGUAUUUACGUUAGUUAGCGCAUCACAGGAAUGGAUGAAUGUACAAUGGGAUAAAAUCAAAUUGCACAGAGAAGAAUCAGCCGCUUUGAAAUUAAAAGAGGAGGAAGAAGCUGAAAGAAAAAGAUUCGAAGGUACAAGAGUUACCGUAGAAACGUUUCUUAGUUGGAAGGAAAAAUUUGACGAAGAAAUGGGAUAUACUAAGAGAAGAGAAAUGGCAGAGCGAGAGGGAAAGAAAUUAACCGGAAGAGAAUUAUUUAUGACUGAUAAAACAUUGGAUCAAUCCGAUCUCAAAUUCUUAGACGAUGGAGAUGCAGUUAAGGUCGAUGAAAGCUUAUUUCAAAAUCUCGAUGAUCUUGAUUUGGAGAACGACGAUGACGACGACGACGACGACGACGACGACGACGACGACGACGACGAUGAUCCCGAUUUUGAUCCAAACUCUUCCUAUGAGAGUGCCUAAAGAAAUCUAAACUAAUAAUUAUUUAUUAAGUGCUUAUUGUCUUUUAAAUGACCAUCGAGAAAGUUCAUACGACUUACUAAAUUUUCGAACUUAAAAUUAAUAAGUUAAUGUAAUUUUAAGUCUUGAGAUAUUUAGUGAGAUAUUAAAAAUUAGAAAUCAAAACUGAAGAUACAUCUUAAAGAUAAAUUUUUUCCAAAUGAUCGGUGCUGUUCUCGUAAUAUAUUCGAUGGCUACUAUAAGAAGUAAUUAUUGUAAUUAACGAUUGAAAUAUAAGAGAGAGAGAGAGAGAGAGAAAGAGAAAGGUGGUUUGUCAAAUGAUCGAAAUAAUUUUUAUAAGUAUGUAAAUAGACAUUUUUGUUCAUAAAAGCUUUGUUUACUAAAUAUUCGUUUAUUUCAUUUUUGAGAUCCUAUUUCUUAGCUCUUUUUUUUUUUUUUAUUAAGAGGUAUUUUAGGUAUAUUAUCGAAGACAUCAUUUAUAUCGAUACAAGGAUUAACAUUUAGGAUUUAACAUUUAUUUAUAACGUCGAAACAAAAAAAUAGCUUACGAUUUUAAUGAGCAAAAUGUUUGUUCUUAAAUUUCUUCUUAUUCUCCUUCUCCUUCAUUUUCUUCUUUUUUCUUCUUCUUUUUCUUCUUCUUUUUCUUGUUCGUGUAAUUUCUUAUAAGAAAUUUUCGUAUAUGCAAGAAUAUGAAAGAUCGUAUCGAUCGUAUCGAAGGAAGUAAUCUUUAUUUAUUUAUUUUCGAUAACUGGCAGUAAUUUAAGUCUAUUCGAUGAUUCAAUCGAUCAAUUUGUCUAUUUUCGUUCUUUUCUCUUUUUUUUCUUUUUUUUUUUCUUUUCUUUCUCUUUUCUUUUUUCACAUAUAACGUAGGAACCCUUUGACAAAAUGGUCUUAACUUAUGUGAAUCUUAUAUAUUGACAUUUCUUGUAUUCGCUUUUUUCAUUAGAAUAAAAAGUUGCACAUUGAAAAUGUCGUACAAAAAAUACUGUUAUUACAAUAUUCUGUAAAGUACAAUGAUCCUCCUGAGAUUUUAUUUAUAUCGAAGAAGAGGAAAAAAAAAAAGAGAGAUAAAAAAGAAAAGAAAGUGAUACAACCAAUGCGACAUUGUGCAUUACAUGGAACAAUUAAUGAGAUAUAUGCAAUAUUUUUUUUUGUUUUUUUUUUCUUUUUUUGUUUUUUUUUCUUUUUUCUUUUUUUUUUUUUUUGUUUUUUUUUU